UCCAAAGACUACAUUUCCCAGAAUGCAUUGUUCCGUAUACCGGAAGAUGAACGCUUAUUCUCGCCGUCCUUUGCCGAACACGUUUGGCUUCAAGAUACGUAAGUCUCCAGAAUGAAGCAGGAACACGAAGACCUCGUUUUGAAAGCAUGUGGAGCAAAGUCUCUGCAGAUUGGUGCAAAGAUUCAGACUUUGUGGAGUGGUUAUGGUGAAAUACUACGAGUCCACUUGGAGGGAUGUGACCGUCCCUCUGUGGUUGUCAAACAUGUGAUGUUUCCCCAAAACCAGAAACAUCCAGGGGGCUGGAACACAGACAUAUCUCACCAGCGCAAGGUGCGAUCCUAUCAAGUAGAAAGUCACUGGUACCAAAACUACACUACCAAUGAACGCUGCCGAGUUCCCACUUGUCUUGCUGCCCAGUCAUUUGGUGAUGAUGAGCAGUUGAUUGUUUUAGAGGACCUUGAUGUUGCAGGAUUCCCGGUGAGAAAAACCUAUGUUAAUGAUGCUGAAAUAAAGGCCUGCCUCAGCUGGAUUGCCAACUUUCAUGCGCUUUUCCUCAAUGUCACCCCAGAAGGACUUUGGCCUAUAGGCACGUAUUGGCAUUUAGAAACAAGGCCUGAAGAGCUAGAAGCCAUGUCAGAUCAAAAACUCAAAGCAGCCGCUGCAGAGAUAGACAGCAUCCUCAACAACUGCCGCUUUAAGACAAUUGUGCAUGGUGAUGCAAAACUAGCUAAUUUCUGCUUCUCCAAAGACGGUUUGCAGGUUGCAGCUGUUGAUUUUCAGUAUGUUGGUGGAGGGUGUGGAAUGAAGGAUGUUAUUUAUUUUUUGGGCAGCUGUAUGGAUGAGAAGGAGUGUGAAAAGAGAGUGCCUGGCCUUCUCGAUCACUAUUUUUCAGAGCUACGGAAAUCCUUGGACGAGAAGGCCAGCUUUCCAGAGCUGGAGAAAGAAUGGCGAAGCAUGUUCGCUUUUGCUUGGACCGACUUUCAUCGCUUUCUGCUUGGAUGGAUGCCAGGUCAUCACAAGAUUAAUAAGUAUAGCAAAAGACUUACUCAGGAGGUUUUAAACAAAUUGAAGCAAUCUCAAUCGAUCUGAAACAGAGGAAAAAAUAUAUGGCUUGACUUUUAUAAUAACAAAAUACACUGGACUGUAAACGAUUCUUGGGGCUGUACCACAAAAUGCUGAUUAUUUCAGAACUAGCUUUAUUCUGUAUGUAAUGUGAGCACUUAAUUGUGAGAUUAAAACAUAUCUCUAUUU